CAUUUAAUCGUUUAUCUAUAAAGAAUCGGCGCGUGUUACAUAAAAUAAAAAAAUUAUUCUAUAUGAAUGAGACGUCAGAUUCUUCGGCUAAUUAUUACUUCUAAAAAAAUCGUAUACUCAAUGUUUUCAUCCACUUGCCCUUUUAUCAAUUCACUUAUUAUCAAAUUUGCAAAAUGAAGUUCAACUAUGCUGUAAGCAACGCAAAUCACGAGGCAAUACGGAUUUCUUUCUCUCCCAUUUUAAUAACGAAGCAGCGUAUACUUAUAUACACAUCGAAUAUCAGCAUGUUUGUUAUUAUCUCGUCUGCCUGACUUCUCACGUGGUUGCGUUCCUAGAUGGCGCUUGUACGAAGUACAAAAAUUUGAAUUACAAAUCGCCCGCAAGAUAUACCAUCGUGCAGUUGGAUACUUGUAUUACCCGCGAGCGCUUUCUGUUUUGAACAUGCAAGCGAGCUAUUUUACGUUUUCGCUGCUCCGUGGCUUUUUGUCAUUGUUAUAAACAACUGUAAUAAGUAACGUUUUUCUCAACGCGCAACCGGAAACGUAGGUAGAUUAGAUAUUUCACCUGCGUUGUUCAUUUCAUCGCGAGCUUUUCAACGUCUCUUUCAUCGUAUACUAUAUUCCUGCAAUCGAUAUGCCUAUAGUGAACAAGAAAAACGACAACGCAGUAGAAAUCGCUGCUGAUAAUCGCAUCGUCGUCGUCAUGGGCGACAACGACAGCGGCUACGGCGAGUCUGCCACAUCGGAUGCGAUGUACAACGUUCAGCUACCCGACGGCACUGCCUUUCUCGACAUUCAACUCGCUGGUCACUGCUUUGACCACGAGAAGAAUAAAGUUGGCAUGCUGCGUGGUCCGAACGGUCAUGUGUUCAAACCAGUGAUCAAGCCGAUAUUGGGUAAACGCGAGAUCGAUUUCUACGAGAACCUGCAGGUCUCUGGCAAUCCUACUGACAUCGAGCUGAGGAGAUACGCGCCAGCUUAUUAUGGCGCAAAGGAGAUGAAGAUUUUUGAUAGACAAGUGAAGUUCCUGGAGCUUCAAGACAUAACGGACGGCAUGUCGGAGCCGUGCGUGAUGGACGUGAAGAUUGGCAAACGCACGUGGGAUCCGGAAGCCACUGCCGAGAAGCGAAUCACCGAGGAGGACAAAUACGCCGUUGUCAAAAAUAAUUAUGGCUUUUGCAUACCUGGCUUUCAAGUUUACCGCUUGCCGUCCGGCGAAUUACACAAGUUCGAUAAGAAUUAUGGAAAGCAGCUCAACUCCCAAACUCUGGUCGAAGCUCUGGAGAUGUUCCUGAACGGCAGUCGGGAUUACCCGCCCAGUCGGGAUCUACUGGUCCGCUUGCUAUCCAUCCUUUGGAAAAUUUUAGCGAUAUUCCGCGAGCAACGUCGCUACCACAUCUACUCCAGUUCUCUUUUGAUCGCUUACGACGCCAAACGACUGCGACACUACCUGCAUCGCCACCUGAACAACAGUCACGCCGAGUCCUUUCUCCGCACGCCAGUUUUAAGAGUGAAACCUUUCGUCGGUAUUGGAAGGAGUUUAGGGUCGCUCAACCGAUUAGACAGAGUUUCCACGCCGUCGCCACUGAGCUCGCCGACCGCACAGACGAUAUUCCAGUAUCCAAGGCCAGAUUCACCUAAGCUCGACGUUUUGCAUAAAGCUGGUAGCGGCAGUCAUCUGGCAGUUAGACCAAGCUCACCGAAACCCGAAGUUCUAAAAAAGUCUGGUAGUGGCAGUCACCUGGCUGUCAGACCAGGUUCUCCGAAAAUGGAUUCGCCUUCAAGGAGUCCUAAAUUGAACAAAGCCCUUGAUAGGAUAAGAGGACUAAAAAGGAGCAUAAGUUUGCAGAAUUGUGAGAAUAUACCGGAGAAAAAUAACGUCGAAUUCGUUCAAGAAUCUUUUAGCUCCAUAGAAAUAAAAGCACCAAAGAGAAUACCCGACCUAACGGUACACAAACUCUGUAGAACACACUCGUACUCAAAUAACUUCGACGCCGACAUCAUUCAGAUGAAGGAAGACUACGCAGCGAUAUUGUCGGAAUUGAGUAGCAAUUCCACAGAGAAGCAGAAUUGGGUGAGGGUCUACAUGAUAGACUUUGCCCACGUAUACCCUGCCGAGAACUGCCAACUCGACAACAAUUACCUCGACGGCAUUGAAAACCUCAUCAAUCUACUUGAAAAAUUUCUCGUGUGAUGAUCACGAAUAGUUAGACUAAGACGUAUAAUUGAUAAUACGGUAGUCUUAUUCUAUUCUCGCGAGCUUAUUCAACCGAGUAUCUUUAGAAGCGUGUGAUAUUGUAGUGAUCAAAUUAUUUACUUAUUUUAUGAGCUUACGUCCGACCUGAUUAGUAUUAUUGUAGUUUGAAAUACCUUGGCUUUGUUUAUUUGUUUUGUUGUCUAAUUGUAUAUAUAUUUAAGAGAAAUAAUGCUUUUUAAUUUCUAUCUAGUUUGUCUAGCAGAGAUGUAUACAUAUUAUAAAGAAUGCAUUAUAAUUCUAAAAAGAAAUACGUCGAAGUGAAAAAAAUUCUAUAUACUUGAAAUCGAAUUAUUCCACUUGAAUAUACGUACAUGUUUGCAUGUAGAAGUAGCAUGAAGCGUUCAUAACCGAUAAUGAACUGAUAACCGAUAAUGUCUUCCAGUUAUAUUAAUUAAUCUGAAAAAAAAACUUGCAGAGGCUAUAUUUUCUUGUGAUUACUAUUCUUUAAAUUUAUUCUUUCAAAUAAGAUUUGGAAUUUAUGAUAGUUUUUGAUUAAUAUUAAUAAUUUUCUUUAUACAACGAAUCGCACAAGAACUGAAUUUAAGAGACUCCAUUUGUACGACAGUAGUUUGGUAACCUUUUAUACUCAUAAAUGAUAUUUAUUUUGAAAGCUUACAAAUGUUGCUACUUAAUAAUUGUAUUAAAGGGCAUUUCUAAAAAAGAUAGAAAAUGUCAUCCAUGCCAGGUACGUUUAUAAAAAAGAGCAAUAAAAACUCGAUUUCAUAAUACUGAAAUACAAAUGAAAAGCUUUAAUAUUUUUAAUCAUAAAUCUUAAGUAAUCAACAUGUAAUUUUAUGAAAAGUUUCGUAUAACUUAUAUAAAUGAACAAAUU